AAAAACGGAACCCCCAAAAAGAAAAGAAGCGAGGGAUGUAGGAACGCAGGCCUUCGAAAGGAUGUUGAAAGAAAGUCUUCUCUAUUAUAACUUGGAAUCAAAAAAUCCCAGCAUAGCCUUCACGGCAAUACACAACCGAACGAAUGUUCGAUAACCCUGCAUUAAAAGAUCUAACAAAAUGUGCCAAACGAAUAGAUACGGUAUUUCCCGUUGCCUAAUGUACCAAUACCGAAAAUUACCACCAAAAAAGCAUAUGGAACUAUAAUUAUGCAACCAAUCAUCCGGCUCUUUGAUCCCUUAGCUCGAAGUUUGAUUAGUUCAAUCAUCGUUCAGAGAAAAACACCACCAACUUUUGAGGAACUACAAAUACCUUUGCACCUGGUCCUCUAUGAAACAAAUUUUCCUAUGCAUUAUAAAAAUCCAGCUACCUUAGAAGCUGUUGUACAUGACAGAGCCUAUGUUUACACAGAUGUUCAUUUAACUGGCGUUUUAAGUCGCUCUCAUAAGAUAUUUACUGUACCACUAAAAGAUGCUUAUCGGAAAGAAUUGGCCAUACUCGUAGAAAACCAAGGUCAUUUAAAUUAUGGUGAUUACAUCAAAGAUUAUAAGGGCUUAUGGAAUGUAACUGUGAACAAAGAGCACUUAUCAUUUUGGAACGUGACAGGCUUCAGGUUAAACAAUAUAAAGCCUCUUUCCCAAAUUACCAAUAGUUCCUGUGAACUUGAAACUUUACAGAGAGGACCUGUCUUUCUUCGUGGACAUUUUAGUAUCAAGGAAACACCAAUAGAUACUUUUCUCUAUACAGUUGGCUGGGGGAAGGGUGUGGCUUUCAUAAACGGUUACAAUCUUGGCAGAUACUGGCCUUUAGCUGGCCCACAAAAAAGUUUAUAUGUGCCGGGUUCUUUGUUGAAUGAGGGUAAAAAUGAACUCAUUAUAUUGGAACUAGAAUAUGUACCAAAAUCGCGAAGUAUGCAAUUUCAAACUGCUCCCUAGCAGUCCUUCAGAAUCCGUGCUCUAAAAUAAGAUCAAAUAAAAUUACGAAAUAUAACGCUAUCCAAGAGUAA